AUGGGAGUUCAACGACUCGUCCGCAUUGCCCUACAUGAAUCGCUCCGCGAGAGGCCUGCUGCGUCUGUUGUCGGAAACGAAGCUGCGAACCACGCGUUCGUUCUGCACAACCUCACCAACACCAACACCAACACUUCAUUCUUCAGUCCUACCAGAGUCCCCCCUACACCCGCUCUUAUGGCCGAUACGGAGCAAGCCGAUUUUGAGCCCCAGAGCCGUCACGUCACAUAUUGUGGUGUCUGCACUCUCCCCCCCGAGUUUUGCGAAUAUGGCGGCACGGUGAAGAAGUGCCAGGAGUGGCUCGAGAAGAACGAGCGCCCGCUCUACGACAAGAUCUGGUCGCCCGAGGCCCUCGAGGCGGCGACGGCGUCCCUGUCCGUCGAGGCGCAGAAGCGCGCCGCCAAAGACGCCCAGAAGAAGGCCGCCAAGGCCGAGGCCGCCGAGGCCAAGCAGGCCGACCGCCUCGCCAACAGCACCAUCACCAUCAAGCGCAUCGAGCGCAACAAGAAGAAGUUUGUCACGGCCGUCAUCGGCCUCGAGGCCUUUGGCCUCGACCUCAAAAAGGUCGCCAAGGACCUCGGCAAGAAGUUCGCCACCGGCUCCUCCGUCAGCAAGCUGCCCAGCGGCGGCUCCGAGAUUGUCGUCCAGGGCGACGUCAGCGACGAGAUUGAGGAGUUCCUGCUCGAGAAGUACAAGGAGAUACCCGAGGACAACAUUGAACUGGUCGACGACAAGAAGCUGAAGAAGAAGGCCGCCCAGGCCGCCGCCGCCGCUGCGGGGGCCGCCGGCAGCAGUUAG